AUGGAAAAAAGUGCGACUAAAAAUCAGCGAGAACGAGGUCAAAUGACGUCGAUAGAGAGGCUAGUCGAUAGGUCAAAGGAUAGCAAUGAAAUUGAAAAGUUAACGAGGCCUUCAUUAUCACUAGCAGUGAAUUCACCAUCAUCGUCAGUUAUCUCAGAAAUAAGUCAACUUGAUCGACAAUCUUUGCUGAUAAAAGCAGUUACAACAAGUCGUUUAUUUGUUUCGUUACCAAAUGGUACGACAAUAACAACAAAAGCUACCGCCAUAUCGCCCGACCAAAUCGAAUUAAACUCUUGCGAUAUUUCACUUUCAGAAUUAUCGGACGAAGGGGGAACAAGGAAACAAAAAUCAUCGCAGUUUUUAGAAUUUAAAAAAACAUUUACUGCAUCACCAGACUGUGUUUCAUCAGAUAUUUGUCAACGUUUAUUUUCACUUUCAGAAGAUAUGAAUUUACUGGUGAGGAACAUUACGAAAGAAGCGAAGACCUUGGUUCACGCCGAGACAUGCUCGUUAUUUUUGUUGGACAAAGAGAACUCGGAGCUCGUGGCAGAGGUUUUCGAAAAAAAUGGUACAAGUGAUGAAUAUUUAACCGAAAUUCGUAUGCCGAUCUCGCUAGGAAUUGUUGGCCAUGUGGCACAAACUGGUCAAAUGAUGAACGUAAAGGAUGUUUACAAUCAUCCAUAUUUCUAUCCAAAAGUGGAUGAACGUACGGGUUUCGUUACACGAAAUAUUCUUUGCUUCCCCAUAAAGGAUAGUUCAGGUAAUCUGGUUGGCGUUGCUGAGCUAUGCAACAAAAUUGGAAAACCAUCGUUUACAAGCCAUGAUGAACAAAUUGCUGCCACUUUUUCCGUUUAUUGUGCUAUAAGUAUAUCACAUUGUCUUCUUUAUCGUAAACUUCAAGAAGCUCAUCGUCGUUCUCACAUGGCUGCUGAACUUCUCGUUCAAGGCUCAACUUUAUCAGUAACUUUCAUAAUUAUUUGUAAAUGUAUAGUUAAUGCAAUAAUUUUAUUUUUUAAAUGCUUUUCAUUAUUUUUUAUUUUAUUUUUUUAUCUUAUUAUAUCUUUAAUAUUAAUAGCAGCUGAAGAUAUACUUCGUUUAACAGGACGUGACAUUCCUACCACAACCUCAUUUCAUCCGGAUUUUACAAAAUUUUGUUUUCCACCUCGUUCAAUUGGCACUGGUGAUACGUAUAUCGAAGCUUCUUUGUCAAUUUUUAAUGAACUUGGCUUUAUAGAUCGUUUUCGUCUUCGUCGACAAACAUUAGCGCGAUUUUUAUUGAUGGUUCAAAAAGGAUAUCGCGACGUGCCUUAUCAUAAUUGGUCUCAUGCAUUUUCCGUCUCACAUUUUUGUUAUUUAUUAAUUCGAACAAAUUUUGUGCAAAAAGCUUUAAAUGAAUUGGAAAGGCUUUCAUUAUUCGUUGCAUGCUUAUGCCAUGACAUUGAUCAUCGUGGUACUACGAAUGCUUUUCAGUUACAAUCAAAGACACCAUUAGCACAAUUGUAUAGCAGCGAAGGCUCGGUGCUUGAGCGACAUCAUUUCGCACAAACAGUUUCUAUAUUAAGUAUGGAGGAGUGCAAUAUAUUCGAUCAACUCACCCGACAUCAAUAUCAGUUAGUGUUGGAUAAUAUACGCGAAAUAAUAUUGGCGACUGAUAUAGCUGCACAUUUAAGAAAAGUUGAUAGGAUACGGCAAAUGGUUGAAGAUGGAUAUGACUGUACCUCAGCUAAUCAUCAUUAUUUAUUAAUUUGUCUCUUAAUGACAGCUUCUGACCUCUCGGAUCAAACCAAAGAUUUUAAAAAUAGCAAGGCUAUCGCUGAGAAUAUUUAUAAAGAAUUCUUUUCGCAAGGCGAUCUAGAAAAACAAAUGGGAAAUCGUCCCAUCGAGAUGAUGGAUCGUGAUCGAGCAUGUGUUCCGAAAAUUCAACUAGAAUUUAUGGAUACAGUUGCGCUUCCAGUUUUUGAUUACUUAUCUCGAAUUUUACCUGAAGCACAGUGUACAUAUGAUUCGAUUUUACUGAAUCGAAAAUGUUGGCAAGCUUUAGACCAAAUCUUAAAAGAGGAAGAAACUCCAACUAUUGGUUUGGAAUAUUUAAGAAAUUCUGUUCUUGAAGAGAAGGUGAUGCAAAGGAUAGCCGAAAAUGAGACAUUUUUGGUAAGAUUUAAUCUUUCAUGUCUUAAAAAAGAUAUGUGA